UUCUCAUUUCAAUUGUCGUGGCGAACGGACGCGUCUGCUCUUUGUUUGUGCUCUCAUCUCACACGCGUUUCUCUGUGUGAGUGUUGGUGUGUGCGUUGCGCCGUGUUUUUCAGUGUCUGUGAGUUUUUGUUGGCGUCUCGUCUGUUAUAAAAUUUGGUUAACGCGCGAGUUCUUAACGUCUCGCUCUCUAAACGCGGCGGCGACGUUGUCUCAAAAACCAACAAUAAUUUGUAUGUGUGUGUGUGCGUGCCAGUUAGACAAUAUAAUAUUGAUGCCACGCUCCACCAGCACAAUAUAGACAGCAAAAACAACUCUCACUCGUUUCAAUUGCACUCGCUAAUUGCGUGAAGUGUAUGUGUCAAAAUUAGUGUGCAAAUUACAACAAAAGUUACAAGAAAAAUAUAGUGAAUACAAAAUUAAAAUCACAUUAAAGCAAACUGCAAAUUUUUUAUACAUUUUUUUUUACUGUGACAGUGAAAGAAAAACAGAGAAAACGACAACAAAAAAAAAACACAAGUAAAGAGAGGAAAAUACAAUUGAAUUGUUGCUUGGCAUUGUUGUGAUUGUUGUGAAAAGUGAGCGACGACAACGACGACGACAAGAGGGAAAAUACCAAGAAAAGCCAAAACAAACAAACAAUAAGAAGCGCAAAAAUGGGCCAACUGCAAAGGCAGCGAGUGACUCUACUCGCCACACUCUACGUGAUGCUCUGCAGCUGUUUAACUAUAGAAUUGAGCAGCGCACAACAGACGCCCAUACUGGAGAUAUUCCCGAAGCAGGCGGAGCAAAGGAAGCCAGUGGGUAAACCCCUCAUUUUGACCUGUCGACCCAAUGUGCCGGAUCAAGCUCUCGUCACCGAUCUGCAGUGGAAGGAUAAUCAGAACAAUCCGAUUCUGCCCAAGCCGGGCGUUUAUGAUCCACUUUAUGAUUACAAGGGGAAUAAAAAGAAUGUAACGGGACGCAAUCAGCCACCGAUGUACACGGAAACGCUGCCCGGCGAUAGUUUGGCUUUGAUGAUACCCUCGCUGACGAGCGAAAUGACUGGGAAAUAUUAUUGCACCGCCUCGUAUGCAAAUACCGAAUUGCUUCAGACGAGUGUCUCAAUUAAAACUUAUGUUGCCAUUACCUGGACGAAUGCACCGGAGAAUCAAUUCCCAAUUUUGGGCAGCGACUAUACGAUCACAUGCGAAGUGAAAGCUGACCCUAAUCCGACCAUCGAUUGGCUCCGCAAUGGCGAUCCCAUUCGCAACGAUGCCAAGCAUGUGGUGCAAGCGAAUGGACUUUUGGUGCGCAACGUCGCGGAGACUGAUGAUGGAAUUUACACUUGCCGCGCUGCUGUUAUCGACACUGGCGAGCUCCUCGAGCGCACCAUUCGUGUUGAGGUCUACAUUACCCCGGUGAUUACGCAUUUGGCCACAACCCUCGAGGCUGUGGAGGGCAAACCAUUUGCGGCGAAUUGCACAGCGACGGGAAAACCGGUGCCGGAGAUUAGCUGGAUUCGUGACUCGGCGCAACAGAAUGUCGCUGAAGCGGAUCGCUUCCAGGUGAAUCCACAGACGGGACUGUUGACCAUCAGCUCGGUGAUGCAAGAGGAUUAUGGCACCUACACGUGCAUGGCGAAGAAUGCCGCCGGCCUAGUCGACCAGAAGACCAAACUGAAUGUCCUCGUCCGUCCCGCUGUCUAUGAGCUCUACAACGUCACUGGCGUCACCGGCAAGGAGAUUGCCAUCACGUGUCGGGCACGCGGACGUCCCGCACCGGCGAUUACCUUCCGUCGUUGGGGUAGCGAGGAACCCUUUGUUGCCGGCUUCCAAUCGGACGAUGCACGCAUCUCCCUCGAACAGCACAAGGACGAAGAACGUGGCGAGAGCUCCGGCACGCUGCGCAUUAUGAAGUCGACGCGUCAGGACGAUGGAUUGUAUCAGUGCAUUGCCACCAACAAGGGGGACACCGCCUACAAGACCGGACACAUUGCCGUCGAAUUCCCCCCAGACUUCAGUCACAUGAAGGAUCUGCCGCCAGUGUUCAGCUGGGAGCAACGUGUCGCCAAUCUGAGCUGUCUGGCCAUGGGUAUACCGAAUGCUACGAUUGAAUGGCGUUGGAAUGGCAGGAACAUCAAGGAUCUGUUCGAUACGAACCUGAAGAUCGAGGGCACCGGACCACGCAGCGAUCUCAUUGUCCAUCCCGUGACUCGGCAAUAUUAUUCGGCCUACAAGUGUGUGGCAACGAACAUUCACGGCACUGCCGAGCACGACAUGCAACUGAAGGAGGCACGCAUUCCCGACUCGGUCACCACCGCCCGGCCACGUCAAUUGACCGCCACCACCAUCACCUUUGAGAUCAUCGGACCGGCCACAGAACUGGGUUUGCCCAUUCUCGCAUUCAGUGUGCAGUACAAGGAGUCUGGGAAUCCCGAUUGGUCAACCGCAUUGAAUCGCAGCUGGUCCCCCGACUCGCCCUACAUCGUUGAGGGUCUAAGGCCACAGACCGUUUACAACUUCCGCUUUGCCGCCCGCAAUCAAGUGGGUCUCGGCAACUGGGGCGUCAAUCAGCAGCAGUCGACGCCACGUCGCUCCGCGCCCGAGGAACCGAAGCCACUGCACAGCCCCGUCCAGAACGACAAAGAGGAACCCGUCGUUGUUUCACCCUACUCCGAUCACUUUGAACUGCGCUGGGGCGUCCCAGCCGACAAUGGCGAGCCCAUCGAUCGCUACCAGAUCAAGUACUGUCCGGGCGUUAAAAUAGCCGGCACCUGGAACGAACUGGAGAAUCAGUGCAACACAAUUGAGGUGGUGGAGACGACAUCGUAUCAGAUGACCGAUCUGAGCGGCAACACGUACUAUCGCAUCGAAUUGAAGGCGCACAAUGAGAUCGGAUAUUCAUCGCCGGCAUCGAUUAUUAUGAAGACGACACGAGGUAUCGAUGUCAUCCAAGUCGCUGAUCGUCCAGUUCUCUCCUCGGCCGCCAUUGUGGGCAUCGCCGUUGGGGGCGUGAUGCUUCUUCUUUUCAUCGUGGAUCUGCUUUGCUGCAUAACGGUACACAUGGGUGUCAUGGCCGCCAUGUGCCGCAAGGCCAAGCGAUCGCCAUCGGAGAUCGAUGACGAGGCGAAACUCGGCAGUCUUUACGGUUGGCGUUUCCCGCUACCUUAUUGCAGUGGACAGCUGGUUAAGGAGCCGCCACCAUCACCGUUACCACUGCCGCCGCCAGUUAAGCUCGGCGGCUCACCAGUGACAUCGCCAUUGGAUGAAAAGGAGCCACUGCGCACACCCACCGGCAGCAUUAAACAGAACUCAACCAUCGAGUUUGAUGGACGUUUCGUGCAUUCGCGCAGCGGCGAAAUAAUUGGCAAAAAUUCGGCGGUGUAAGCUGAAUUUCUUUGGAGUACGAAAGAACGAAACGAUGUGCACAAAACUUGCAACUGAGAAUAGUAUUGAACAAAAUGAAACAAAACUAAAAACAAUAACAAAGAAAAUAUAUAAGAAAAUGAAAUGACGAUGCAAAACCACAUAGAAGAUGAGGUACCCCAAAAAAAACAAAAGAGAAAAGAAAUCUACUUCUAAGAGCGGAAAGUGGACGGAAAACCAAAGCCAAAAGCUGCUGGGAACAGCACAUAAUAAUGAUAUAUAGUAUAUAUAUAUAUAAUAUGUAUGUAAACCGAUUUCGAUUGGCAUCUGAGUUCAGUUUUUUGUUUUCUUUAGUUUUGUCUAACUAUAUUACGAUACGAUAAACAUAUUAAACUAAAUAGAAUAUUUUUAAGCUCAGUACAACAACAACAACAUCAAAAAUCACAAACACACACACACUCAUAUGUCCAUGUUGCUUGACUCUUCUGUUCACUGCAAAGCUUUUUUGAGUUUCACUUUUCCCUCUCUCUCUCUCUCUUUCUGUCUGUCUGUCUCUCUCUAUCGCUCAAGCAAACAUGUAGGUUAAGUUGAACAUUAAAACUUAAACUUAAACAUAAACUUAAAUUAUUAAUGCCUUACAACAUGAAUGAAAACAAAAUGAACAACAACAAAAAUGAAUACAUUUAUUUAGCAUUUAAAAAAAACGAGAGCAAAAUUUAAGAGAGAAUCAACUAAACAUUAGUUUAACUAACUUAAACAUGCCAUAAAUAAGUUGUAACAUUAAGUUUUCUUACAUCAUCCAUUAUUCUUUUCCCCUCUUUCUCUCUCUCUCUCUCUCUCUCUCUCUGUCUCACAUUUCGUAGUACGUACUUAAAUACACUGAAAGAAAAGACUUUUGCAAAACACACACACACAGCAUCACAUGAUUUGAAAAUUGCAUUUUACUUAAGAUUUGGUUUCCUAUUGGUAAAUUGAUAUACUUAAUGCGCAGUACGAAUAAAUAGUUAUCUAAUCUAACGAUAGUUGUAAUCGAAAUGCUCAAUGUACAUGGUUUAGAUUGAAAUUGAAGUUGAAAAUGAAAUUGAUAUUGAAAAUGAAAAUGAAGUUGAUAACAAUAUAACAUAAUAAUAAUAUAUGAAUGUGUAUUCAACAAAUUCUUAUGUGUGUGUAUCAAAAGUUGCACAAUUAUCAAUGUUAUCGAUAGUACGCCAAAGAUAACAUCGAUUGUUAUGCAACUACUAUCAAAAUACCCAAAACAACAACUAUGAAAAUGCCAAAACAAUUGUACUUUUAUUUUCAUUUCACUUUAUAUAAUUUUAGUUCCAUUUCAUGACAAACAAAAAAAAACACAAAUUGAAAUUAUGUACUCAAUGAUAUAUUUUUAAAGUAUUUUCUCCCGUGUCGUUUUUUUUUUUUAAUUAGAUUUUAUAUGUGUAUGUAUAAAAAAAAAGAAAAACAAAAACAAAUACCAAGUUGUAAGUAAGAAAUCAAAAAUUAUUUAAAUAAUAAAAUAUGUAUAUGUAAUUAUUGUGUAAGUAAGUUCUUUUUUUUUU